AUGACGCAAGGAAAGGAAAAUCACGUACUUUUACACGUUAUACCUGUUAAAGUGUUAACGAAUGAUGGAAACUCGGUCACGACAUAUGGACUACUUGACAAUGCCAGCCGUGGAACUAUUGUUGAUGCGAAAUUGGCAGAGAAACUGAACGUGAAAGGAACUAAACAGUCAAUCGCCGUUACAACAGUGCUUGGAACACAGGAAUGCGAAUUUGAAUCAGUGUCCCUUUUGCUUCAGGCUGCAGAAGCCGCAGAUUCUGACCCAAUAUUGGAAGUGAGCGAAGGACUAGUGAAGGAGCUUGAUAUGAAUGAAAGAAUUCUCCCAAAUGAGAUUGACUGUCAAGGAUAUGAGCAUUUGGCUGAUAUAACGAUGCCUGAAGUCGAACUUAAGCGUAUUUCUAUAAUCAUCGGGGAAGAUGUAAAGGAAGCACAUAUUGUGCGCGAAGUUAGGGUAUCCGAAACCUCGGAAUGUGAGCUGUAUGCAACCAGAACAGCGCUUGGUUGGACUGUUGCUGGUAGUGUGAAUACGACUAACGCUGGUCAGAAAGAGUUAUCAGUGAACUUUCUUGAUACCACCAAUCAGAUGCUCAAUCGACAAGUAGAGAAAUUUUGGGAAAUCGAAACAUCAGGAUUGAGGGAGAACGAUUUGAGGAAGGCUGCAUCAGUUGAAGAUCGUCGAGCCGAGAAUAUUCUUCAAAGAAGCACAAAACUUGUAGACGGACAUUAUGAAACAGAAUUAUUGUGGAAGGACGAUUGUCCUCAAUUGCCCAAUAACAGAAUGGUGGCAGAGAAACGGCUGAAAUCUUUAAAGAAGAAAUUUAACGACCCACAAUUAGAAACCAAGUAUCGAAAGACCAUGGCAGAAUACAUCGAAAAGGGGUUCGCUAGAAGGCUAACAAAGGAGGAGGCUGAAGCCAAAACUGGCAAGACCAAUUACCUUCCUCACCACCACGUUAUCAAUAAGAACAAGCCUGAAAAGGUCAGAGUCGUUUUUGAUGCAGCGGCAAAGUUUGAAGAUACGUCCCUAAAUCAGAAUUUAUUGCAAGGCCCGGACUAUACGAACAGUCUCGUUGGUGUUUUUAUAAGGUUUCGCCAGGAUAACAUUGCGCUAGUGGCGGACAUUGAAGGUAUGUUCAAUCAGGGGAAGGUAUCUCCAGAAGACCAGGAUGCGUUUCGGUUUCUCUGGUGGAGCGGAAGUCUCGACAAGCCACCUGAUGAAUACGUUAUGACCGUACACGUUUUCGGGGCGACAGACUCGCCGAGCUGUGCAAAUUACUGCCUUAAAAGGACUGCCGAAGAUAAUAAGAGCGAAUUUGAUAACCUCGUCGUUGACACUGUUUUAAGACAUUUUUACGUCUAUGAUAUGUUGAGAGCCCUAAAGAAUGAAGAAAUUGCUAUUAAAGUAGCUAAGAGUUCAAUGUCUUUGCUUUCACGUGGAGGCUUUAAAUUGACCAAAUUCAUGUCCAACAGUCGGAGGGUUCUUGAAACAGUGCCUGUUGAAAGGAGAGCCUUGCCCGACCUAGAUCUAAGUCUUGACCAACUUCCUAUUGAACGCACGCUGGGUGUCCACUGGAACGUCGAAGAUGAUGCCUUUUGUUUCAAGAUAAAACCUUGUGACAAACCAAAUACCAUGCGAGGUGUGCUUUCAUGUGUUUCCUCCUUUUAUGAUCCAAUGGGAUUUGCUGCACCAGUUCUUUUACCUGCCAAGCAAAUUCUCCAAGUGUGUUGGAGGAGGAAGAUGAAAUGGGAGGAUUUCCUGGAGAACGAUCUACUGAAAUCAUGGAUUAAUUGGAAAUCACUUUUACCAUUGAUGACUCAGAUAAGCAUCCCUCGUUGUUUCUACCGACUUCCAGAUCAUGACGAUGCUGUUGUCGAGUUACACCAUUUUUGUGACGCCUCGGAGAUUGGAUACGGUACCGUGUCGUACCUACGCAUCAUCUACAGCGACGGAACUAUUAACUGUUCGUUUGUCAUGGGAAAGUCGAGAAAUGCUCCCAUUCGGUCACCCACGAUUCCAAGACUCGAAUUGCAAAGUGCAUUAUUAGCUGUACGAAUGAAUAAGAUGAUUAAAGAUGAGCUCGAUAUAACCAUACAUGAAACGUACUUUUGGACGGACAGUAUAAUAGUAUUGUCGUAUAUUCGCAACACGACGAAACGAUUUCAAACGUACGUAGCUAACCGAGUAAACGAAAUUCGGGAAUCAACUGAUCCGAGUCAAUGGCGGCACUGUCCAGGAAGUUUGAAUCCUGCGGACGAUUGUUCUCGCGGUUUGGACCCUCAGCAAUACAUAGAACAAGAGCGAUGGCUAAGAGGUCCAGAGUUCCUUUCGAACCCCAGAGAUACAUGGCCCGAUGAGCCAAUUCAAGAGAUACCCGACAGCGAACUGGAAAUCAAAAGGAAGAAAACGACUUGUGCGACUCGCCUCCAGACGACUGUAA